CCUCUCCGCUUCUCGCUCCGCCUCCCGCAGCCCAGCCUCGGAAGCAGCCAUGAGUUUGGAAGCGAUCCGCUACCGCAGGGGAUCCCUGCAGAUCCUCAACCAGCUCCUGCUGCCCCAGCAGAGCCUCUACGAGGAAAUCGGUAGCGUCGAGGACGGCUGGAGAGCCAUCCGCACCAUGAAGGUGCGAGGUGCUCCAGCCAUUGCCAUUGUCGGCUGCCUGAGUCUUGCAGUGGAGCUGCACACCAAAGGAAACGCAGAGCAGACUGUGGGCAGCCUUGAAAAAUUUGUGGCAGACUCGCUGCGCUACCUAGAGAGUGCCCGUCCUACUGCUGUCAACAUGGCCCGGGCAGCUCAGGAGCUGGGCCACUUUGUUCACCAGGAGGCCAAGCGUGAAGGGAGCACUGCAGAGAGUUUGCAAGAAAGCGUGAUCAGCUGGGCGGAAGCCAUGUUGGAUAAAGACCUGAAAGACAACAGAAGCAUCGGGGAGCAUGGGGCACGCCACCUCCUGCAGCACAUAGGGAAGGACAAGGUGACUAUCAUCACCCACUGCAACACGGGCUCACUGGCCACUGCUGGGUAUGGCACUGCGCUUGGUGUCAUUCGCUCUCUGCAUGCUAUGGGUCGUCUGGAGAAGGUCUACUGCACAGAGACGAGGCCGUACAAUCAGGGAGCCCGGCUGACUGCUUACGAGCUAAAGUAUGAGGAGAUCCCUGCAUGCCUCAUUACGGACAGCAUGGUGGCCGCGCUCAUGAAGCAGCUCGUUGGUGCAGCUGUCAUCGUGGGAGCAGACAGGGUUGUUGCCAAUGGAGACACUGCGAACAAAAUCGGCACCUAUCAGCUGGCUAUUGCUGCAAAGUACCAUGGGAUCCCCUUCUAUGUGGCAGCACCCAGCACCUCAUGUGACCUGACCUUGGAACAUGGCGGGAAGAUCAUUAUUGAGGAGAGGCCAAGUGAAGAAGUGACGCACAUCAACGGUGUGCAGGUUGCAGCACCAGGCAUUGACGUUUGGAACCCAGCCUUCGAUGUCACCCCUCAUGAGCUGAUAACCGGUGGCAUUAUCACUGAAUUUGGUGUCUUUGCUCCCGCUGAACUUAAAGCAGGACUGACACAGGCAGCGAAGAAAGUCUGAACAUGUUGAGCUGGGCUGCUUUCUGGAUUUGUGGAGAAGAGUGUGACGAGGAUGAAUCAGCUGGAGAGAUCAGUAUUUGAGCUUGGUGGGAUAUAUUCCUAAUUCAGCUCUCUGGCUUUGUAUUUAUACAGUUGUCGAUAAAUACUCGUUACCAUUCCGCCAAACCAGUGGGGUCUAUGCAAAGGACACUUACUUUCCUUGUGUCUUAUGUUGCAGAUUGGAAAGCCAGAUCAGAAGGGUUGUUCGUGUUUCCAUCCAGUUACUGUACAGAAUCUGUAUUAAAUAAUACAGAGGAUGGUGAUCUGGCUCCUGAGCCAUUUGUGGCUCUUUAGAUCCUUUGCUUCUGCCUCAGCCAAGAGAGAUGUUCCUCUUUUACUGGAGCAGCAAAGAAGAGUUUGAGACUUCUUUCUCAUUUCACCCUUAGGGCACAACUUACAUCCUUGCAUAUUCUUUAGCUCCUUCGAAAGAAAGCUGUGAGGUUCCUCUUUGCACAAAAGCAAAAUUAAUUCAUGUGCAAGCUUAUCUGCCGAAUUGUAGCAAGCUGCUUUGGUUUUGCACUCUGUAUUUUGCAUAUUCCCUUUUUUGCUUUGCAGUGUACCAUGCUAAAAUAGACUUCCUUUGACACAAUGUGAGAUUGUAUGAAUGCUGCAUUCUACUAUUAUUUGGCUAGAUUGGUGGGCACUAGGGUAUCGGGGGGGGGGUCACACUGUUGAUCUGCUUUUCUCAACUGGACUGUGUAGUGCUUUUAAAUAGACUCAUUCGUUUUUCUAACAAAUACAAUAAAAAUAUUUAAGCUGAA